AUUCUGAAUCGGAUAUUGAUCUUUUGGUGCCAGUGAAAAGUUUAUUAAAUGAACGCGUAGAACUUUACAAAGCUAAAGGUCUUGAAGGAUUUCCAGCCGUUGGAAUUAAGCGUGGCGUGGAAAUUGUUGUACCGUAUCGACAGUACCUUCCGCGGAAAUUUUUCCGAAAUUUUGCAUUUACAGCGGUAGUACGACCGGAUGAUCGUCAAGGAGGAUAUUUGUUUGCUGUUGUUAAUCCACUUGAUACUGUUGUUGAUCUCGGUGUUUCACUGGAAUCUGCCGGUUACAAAACAUUUCCAAUUUUACUUUUAAAAAAUUUUGACAAAAAAAAAAAAUUACAUUAA